AUGCCUACAGCAGCAGCCGCGGCCGGACCUGCAGUAGCAGCCGCCGCCGAGCCAGCAGCAGCAGCCGCGGUCGGACCUGCAGUAGCAGCCGCCGCCAGACCUGCAGCAGCUGCCGCGGCCCAGCCUGCAGCAGCAGCCGCCGCCGGACCUGCAGCAGCUGCCGCCGCCGAGCCUGCAGCAACAGCCGCGGCAGAGCCUGCAGUCGCAGCCGCCGCCAGACCUACAGCAGCGGCCGCCGCCGACCCUGCAGCAGCAGCUGCCGCCGACCCUGCAGCAGCUGCCGCCGCCGACCCUGCAGCAGCUGCCGUCGCCGAGCCAGCAGCAGCAGCCGCCGCCGGACCUGCAGCAGCUGCCGCCGCCGAGCCUGCAGCAGCAGCCGCCGUUCGAGAAUACAACAGCAGCCGCCGCCGUCCCUGCAGCAGCGGCCGUUCCCGAGCCUUCAGCAGCUGCCACCACCGUCACGACUGCCCCGGCCCUGCCCUGCUAGAGCCGCACUGCCCUGCCCUACCGCGCUACUGCUGCUGCUGUCACUGCUACUGA